AUGAAAUGGCCUCCCUCCCCUCAGGUCCGGCCGUCGUCUUCGGGCCCUCAGUUUGCCACCGCCGCCAACGGAACACCGCCCCAGCAGCCUUUGCAGCAGUCCCCACAGGUCGCCAUGGCCUCAGGCUCCCCUCUCCCCAACUGUGUGGCCCGGUCGCCGCAGACGCCCACCCAGGCCCAGACGCAGGCCGGCCCCAGACCAGGGAAUGGAUUUAUGAUGAACCCAGGCCAAGGUGUGGGCCAGGCGGGUACAGGCUCCAAUGGCCCUGGAGUCCCCACUGGAAUCCAAGGGCCUGGGCCGGUGACCUCUGAACUGUCGCCUGCUGAGCAACUGAAAGCGAUGGCGGCACAGCAGCGCGCUAAGCUAAUGCAGCAGCAGAAACAACAGCAACAACAGCAGCAGGCUAACUGGUCCCCAGCCGGAGCUCCAACCAGCCCCUACGCCUCUGCUCCUUUCAACCAGCAGGACAAGCCCAACAGCCCGAUGAUGUACCCACCUCAAGCCUUCAACCAGCAGGACAAGCCCAACAGCCCGAUGAUGUACCCACCUCAAGCCUUCAACCAGCAGGACAAGCCCAACAGCCCGAUGAUGUACCCACCUCAAGCCUUCAACCCUGGCCAACAGGGCCCCCUGGUGGCUGGGAUGACCUCGAGCAACGGCCCUAAAGCUCCCAUGAACAACUACCUCCCUCAGAACCCCCACAACCACAUGGGCAUGAUAAGUCAACAACAACAACAACAACAACAACAGACAAACAACAUGGGCGCCCAACAGAACACCCUCUCUAAACAACAACAACAACAACAACAACUACAACAGCAGCAAACGGCAGCCAUGUUGUCCUACAACAACACAAAGCCGCUGAGUCACUUCAGCACGAUGGGGGUUGAUCACAUGGGGCAGAGGAUGACCCCGCCCAUGGGAUCACAGGUCAAGAACCCCAUGAUGCCCCCAUACAUGCAGCAGGGAGGGGUGCAGGGGGCGGGGCCGGGCCAGACCCAGGGACCAAUCCCGGGCCAGACGGCUCACCUCAGCGAGGAGCAGAAGAGGAUGCUGCUGAUGAAGCAGAAGGUGCUGAACCAGAGCAUGCCCUACAGCGCCAUGCAGCCCCACGGACAGUGGCUGUCCUGCCCGGUCUCUCGUCCUAUCAGAAUGGGGAGAAUUACGCUACGUCACCAGCUAAUCUGGCAGUGGGGACUGCAGCAGACACGCUAUCACUCUCACUCACUCUCACUCCCUCUCUCACACACACACAUGCUUGCUAACAGACACAUGUGCGCACACAAGCACGCCUUGAC